AUGCUAAGGACCUUCACAAGGAGGAGACGGUAUGCGACAUUAGUUGAUUGCAUCAUACCAGAUGAUGGUGACAUUGAGAUUGAUGAGGCUGAGCUUGGAUAUGAUGACGACGUUGUGGAUUCUAAGGUGGAUAACUUGUUGCGCCUAAUCAAAGAAGAUCAUGAUUUUUGCAGUUCAAUGUUUUCUGGCGGUGCUACCAAAGCUGAUGUUAUUCGUAUGAUCAAAGAGGAGAAAACCAAGAAUGCAAAAGGGAAGCAGAAGAAAUCUGUGAAUAAUACAGAUAUUGAUGGACCAAGUAGCGGUGUUGUUGGAGGAAUAUCCUUCACUAAUAGUGAUCUCCUUCAAAUCGCCGAUAUGGUUGCUUUUAACAUUAUGGGGAAAAUGAACUAUUUGGAGCAAAAAGUUAAUGACUCUGUUGCAGUUGUAGGGGAGCUUAAAGAUGCAGUUAAUGUUAUGGAUAUAAACAUGGGAGCUGUGGUGGUUCUGCAGAUUACAAAGAUGAAAACUGAUGUGAUUGAUGGGAUAUGUUCUUUUUUGAACAAGUCUGUGUCUAAAGAAUUUGUUCAUGGAACCUUUACAAGAGAUGCAUUUCAGACAGUUGGAGUUGGUGGCAAUUGUUCUCAAGUUGGGGACAACGGUGGCGGUGAUGGAGUAGAAGUAAAUGGUUUUGUUGAUACUUCAGUGGCUCAGCCACUUGAUCAACUAUUUAGUAACUGUAUAGAUGCUAUAAAAUCGACGAUGUUAUGUUAUCCACCCUCAUUCUCACUUGGCCUAUCACAGAAGCACAAUGGCUUAGUUGGGGUUCGUACUGAGGUGGAUAGCGUUGUGGAACCUAUUGAGGAUGUUGGAGAGGACAUUGGAGAAGGUGUUAUAUGUCGUAAGAGCAAGAGACAGAGAACCAUCCCAGCAAACCUUGUUGGGGACUAUCAAUGUGACAAGAGGCUUCUUCACCAGGCUAGAGAAACCUAUCUUACUACUAUUGGUGGAGGUUCUGCGGAGUUAUAUGUUCAAAAGUUUGGCCAGUUGGAUGAUAAGCUAAAAGGAAUGGUGAGCCUAAGUCUUGGAGGGGUUAGUGUUACAGUUAAAGAUUUCGCAGAUAUUUAUGGGAAAUCCAAAUGUUUGCUGGCUAAGGUUGUUGAUAUAUUAAUAGCUCAUACCAAGAAACUUUUACUCCGACCAGGUUUAGCUGUGUCAGAGAAUGGUGUUUUCUUUGAUACAAAAAUUGUUUCUUGCCUUGGGAGGAACUAUACUAAAUUUUCCAAGUUGUAG